AUGGCCGCCGAACAGAGAAAGCUGCUCGAGCAGCUCAUGGGCGCGUCGUCAUCCUCCCGCGCCGCCCAGCUCUCGCUCAACGACCCCAAGGUCUGCCGCUCCUACAUCGUCGGCACGUGUCCGCACGACCUCUUCACAAACACCAAGCAGGACAUUGGGCCCUGCCCCAAGGUGCACGCCGAGGGCCUCAAGGCCGAGUACGAGGCGCUGUCGGAGCGCGAGAAGCACAAAUACGGCUUCGAGUACGACUACAUGCGCGACCUGCAAAAGUACAUUGACGAGUGCAACCGGCGGAUCGAUGCGGCGCAGAGGAGGCUGGAGAAGACGCCCGACGAGAUUCGGCAGACGAAUGCAUUGCUCAAAACAAUAUCAGACCUCACGGCAUCCAUCAACAACGGCCUCCUCGAAGUCGAAAUUCUCGGCUCCAUGGGCGAAGUCUCCCGCGCCAUGGACGAGCUCUUCCGCGUCCGCCAGGCCGGCCAGCAAAAGGCCGAGCGCGAAAAGGAGCUCAAGGCCCUCUCCGACACGUCCGGCCCCUCGGGCCACCAGAAGCUGCAGGUCUGCGACGUCUGCGGCGCCUACCUCAGCAGGCUCGACAACGACCGCCGGCUGGCGGACCACUUUUACGGAAAGAUGCAUCUGGGAUACGCGCAGAUGAGGAAGACGUAUGACGCGUUCCCGAAGGAGAUGAAGGGUCGGUCGAGGGCGCCGCUGGACGAUGAUGGUCCUGGUGGCGGGCCGAGGGGACCCAGGGGCCCUGGGGGGUAUAGGAGUGGGAGAGGAAGGGGGCAUCGCGGUGGGUGGUGA